GAGGCAGGUCAGAGGGUCGUGCAGGAGGCAGGUCAGAGGGUCGUGCAGGAGGCAGGUCAGCAGGCCGUGCAGGAGGCAGGCCAGAGGGUCGUGCAGGAGGCAGGUCAGCGGACCGUGCAGGAGGCAGGUCAGCGGGCCGUGCAGGAGGCAGGCCAGAGGGUCGUGCAGGAGGCAGGUCAGCGGGCCGUGCAGGAGGCAGGUCAGCGGGCCGUGCAGGAGGCAGGCCAGAGGGUCGUGCAGGAGGCAGGUCAGCGGGCCGUGCAGGAGGCAGGUCAGCGGGCCGUGCAGGAGGCAGGUCAGCGGGCCGUGCAGGAGGCAGGCCGGAGGGUCGUGCAGGAGGCAGGUCAGCGGGCCGUGCAGGAUGCAGGCCAGAGGGCCGUGCAGGAGGCAGGCCAGCGGGUCGUGCAGGAGGCAGGCCAGAGGGUCGUGCAGGAGGCAGGUCAGAGGACCGUGCAGGAGGCAGGUCAGCGGGCCGUGCAGGAGGCAGGUCAGCGGGCCGUGCAGGAGGCAGGCCAGAGGGCCGUGCAGGAGGCAGGCCAGCGGGUCGUGCAGGAGGCAGGCCAGAAGGUCGUGCAGGAGGCAGGUCAGCGGGCCGUGCAGGAGGCAGGUCAGCGGGCCGUGCAGGAGGCAGGUCAGCGGGCCGUGCAGGAGGCAGGCCAGAGGGUCGUGCAGGAGGCAGGUCAGCGGGCCGUGCAGGAGGCAGGUCAGCGGGCCGUGCAGGAGGCAGGCCAGAGGGCCGUGCAGGAGGCAGGCCAGCGGGUCGUGCAGGAGGCAGGCCAGAGGGUCGUGCAGGAGGCAGGCCAGCGGGCCGUGCAGGAGGCAGGCCAGAGGACCGUGCAGGAGGCAGGCCAGCGGGUCGUGCAGGAGGCAGGCCAGCGGGCCGUGCAGGAGGCAGGCCAGAGGGCCGUGCAGGAGGCAGGUCAGCGGGCCGUGCAGGAGGCAGGCCAGAGGGCCGUGCAGGAGGCAGGCCAGCGGGUCGUGCAGGAGGCAGGCCAGAAGGUCGUGCAGGAGGCAGGCCAGAGGGUCGUGCAGGAGGCAGGCCAGCGGGUCGUGCAGGAGGCAGGCCAGAGGGCCGUGCAGGAGGCAGGUCAGCGGGCCGUGCAGGAGGCAAGCCAGAGGGCCGUGCAGGAGGCAGGCCAGAGGGUCGUGCGGGAGGCAGGUCAGCGGGCCGUGCAGGAGGCAGGACAGAGGGUCGUGCAGGAGGCAGGUCAGCGGGCCGUUCCAGAGGCAGGUCAGAGGACCGUGCAGGAGGCAGGCCAGCGGGUCGUGCAGGAGGCAGGCCAGAGGGCCGUGCAGGAGGCAGGCCAGCGGGUCGUGCAGGAGGCAGGCCAGAGGGUCGUGCAGGAGGCAGGCCAGAGGGCCGUGCAGGAGGCAGGCCAGCGGGUCGUGCAGGAGGCAGGCCAGAGGGUCGUGCAGGAGGCAGGCCAGAGGGCCGUGCAGGAGGCAGGCCAGAGGGUCGUGCAGGAGGCAGGCCAGAAGGUCGUGCAGGAGGCAGGCCAGCGAGUCGUGCAGGAGGCAGGCCAGAGGGCCGUGCAGGAGGCAGGCCAGUGGGUCGUGCAGGAGGCAGGCCAGAGGGCCGUGCAGGAGGCAGGCCAGAGGACCGUGCAGGAGGCAGGCCAGAGGACCGUGCAGGAGGCAGGCCAGAGGACCGUGCAGGAGGCAGGCCAGAGGACCAUGCAGGAGGCAGGCCAGAGGGCCGUGCAGGAGGCAGGCCAGAGGGCCGUGCAGGAGGCAGGCCAGAGGACCAUGCAGGAGGCAGGCCAGAGGGCCGUGCAGGUGGCAGGCCAGAGGGCCGUGCAGGAGGCAGGCCAGAGGACCGUGCAGAAGGCAGGCCAGAGGACCAUGCAGGAGGCAGGUCAGAGGACCAUGCAGGAGGCAGGCCAGAGGGCCGUGCAGGAGGCAGGCCAGAGGGCCGUGCAGGAGGCAGGCCAGAGGACCGUGCAGGAGGCAGGCCAGAGGGCCGUGCAGGAGGCAGGCCAGAGGACCAUGCAGGAGGCAGGCCAGAGGGCCGUGCAGGAGGCAGGCCAGAGGGCCGUGCAGGAGGCAGGCCAGAGGGCCGUGCAGGAGGCAGGCCAGAGGACCGUGCAGGAGGCAGGCCAGAGGACCGUGCAGGAGGCAGGUCAGAGGGCCGUGCAGGAGGCAGGUCAGAGGGCCGUGCAGGAGGCAGGCCAGAGGACCAUGCAGGAGGCAGGCCAGAGGACCAUGCAGGAGGCAGGCCAGAGGGCCGUGCAGGAGGCAGGCCAGAGGACCGUGCAGGAGGCAGGCCAGAGGGCCGUGCAGGAGGCAGGCCAGAGGGCCGUGCAGGAGGUAGGCCAGAGGGCCGUGCAGGAGGCAGGUCAGAGGACCAUGCAGGAGGCAGGCCAGAGGACCAUGCAGGAGGCAGGCCAGAGGGACGUGCAGGAGGCAGGCCAGAGGACCGUGCAGGAGGCAGGCCAGAGGACCGUGCAGGAGGCAGGCCAGAGGACCGUGCAGGAGGCAGGUCAGAGGACCAUGCAGAAGGCAGGCCAGAGGGCCGUGCAGGAGGCAGGCCAGAGGGCCGUGCAGGAGGCAGGCCAGAGGACCGUGCAGGAGGCAGGCCAGAGGACCGUGCAGGAGGCAGGUCAGAGGGCCGUGCAGGAGGCAGGCCAGAGGACCGUGCGGGAGGCAGGCCAGAGGACCAUGCAGGAGGCAGGCCAGAGGGUCGUGCAGGAGGCAGGCCAGAGGACCAUGAAGGAGGCAGGCCAGAGGACCAUUUAG